UUUUUGGGCUCUUUUGGAGGGUGGAGUCCGCGGGUUUUGGGCUCUUUUUGGAGUAAAAGUGCGCGGGAAUACUGCCGCAGACCUGGCAACCCUGGUCUGCAGUCUCGCACUCAGCUGGCGAGCUGCUAUUGUUUACGGUGUGCUCGGGGACGGCAAUGUGCUCUUUGUCAUGGCUGUUAGAACAUUAUCAAGAGUCAUCUCUCUGACUGCUGUCCGGAAUGCCCUUUUACAGCCUUUCCACCAUGGUCUGCCCCUUCCUGUACCCAGCCACUACCUCAGUCAGUCCCUCACAGCCCACUCUGCCUGUCAGCCCCAGUCUCUUGGUAGACUUUAUGGGAAAGGAACUGUUUGCUUCCAAUUGAGUCCUGGUGUCAGAAUCAAGAGUGCUGAAACAUACUGUCAGACCAUUGCCUCCUGUAGGAAUGCCAGGAAAAACUUGGUGCAGGGCAUUCAGAGAGCUGUCAGGAAAGCCUGCAGGACAAGUGUGAAGAGGAGCAGAAUGGCAUGGCAAACUACCUCGCUGGGCAUGGCAUUUUUGGCUCCAUCUUUAAUGCAUGAAACUGAAAAGCCAGUACCUGUCCAAGUUGUACAACCAGAAGUAAAGCGAAAGAAGAGAGGAUGGUGGUCACAGCUGUUUGCCAAUGUGUAUGAGUUUCUGUGUGUUUGUCUUCGGGCUUUACGGCUGCUAGGAACAUUUACACCCAUCCUGAUGCUGUAUCCUGUCACUUACCUGGGCAAGACAGCCACUGACACCUGGUGGGGACUGCUUCUGACAGCAAUUGAGUUUUCUGGCCCAAUCUUGAUCAAGUUGGGUCAGUGGGCCUCCACUCGUAGGGACUUGUUCCCAGACACCUGCUGCUCUCAGUUCUCACGGCUGCAGCGCCGCAUCAAGCCCCACUCCUGGCGCUUCACCAGACACCAGAUGAAGAGAGCCUUUGGGCCCAAUUGGAGAAAGGUCUUUGUUAAGUUUGAUAAUGAUGGAAAUCCCAUUGGCUCAGGCUGUGUAGCACAGGUAUACAAGGUGUGGAUGAGUGCAGAGGCAAUCCCUGAUGAGGAGCUGCUGGAGGAGAUCCUCGCAGAGAUGGAUGAUGAAGGCAGUAUCUUGGAAGGUCUAGAGGUGAUGGGACUAAGGCAGCUAUUUAGUGCGGGCCUCGGCCUGCUUGGCAUCAGCAGCAAGAUGGAUCCUGACAACCUACUUGCCCUGAAGGAGUUCUAUCAAUUGAGAGAAGAGAGGAGGAGCAGGGAGAGGGAGAAGCAGAAACUCCUGGAACAUGAGGCACAACAAGCUGCUCAAGACUCAGAGGAACCUUCAUCAGCACCUGAAGUACGCAAAGAACUCCCAUCAGUAGACACCCUGCCCUCAGAGGAAAGUGAGAUGGAUGUAAGUCCUUAUCAGGCAGAGGAUGCUGCACAGGCACAAGCACAGGAAGCGGAAGACAUAGAAGAUGCACCCACACACCAGCUUGUGGAGGAAUGGCAGGAGGCAGAGCUGGACAAGUCCCUACCAGUGAGUGAGGGACCGCUUGAGGACAUGGAGGGCCUUGUACCAGUGGCUGUCAAGGUGCUGCAUCCUAGCAUUGCUGAGACAUUUAGGAGAGACUUGAGAAUCCUAAAGGCAUGUGCCAGCUUCGUUACCAUCCUGGUUCCUCCACUCAGGUGGCUCUCCCUCCCUCAGUGUGUAGAGGAAUUUGGCCAAGUCUUGGCAGCACAGAUUGACUUGAGAGUUGAAGCUCAUAACCUGGAAAAUUUCUCUGAAAACUUUGCUGAUGUCCCCUUCAUUAAGUUUCCUCGGCCACUGAGACCUUAUGUGACAUCAAAGGUAUUAGUGGAGACCUUUGAGGAAGGGGAGGCUAUGCUGGAUGUGAUGAGGGCACCAGAGGAGAGUGACACAAGCCAGCUCAAGAAGCGCCUAGCAGAGAUUGGUGUGGAUGCCCUGCUGAAAAUGGUAUUUGUGGAUAACCUGGUGCAUGGGGACCUGCAUCCUGGUAACUUACUGGUGCAGAACAUCACCUCAGGGACUGCCACUGGGGAUCAGGUGAGGGUCAUGAUGGUGGACAUUGGCUGUGACACCUUUGUGAUGGACGUGCAGCCAGACCCCAACCCACUACGCAUCUGCUUUCUUGAUUGUGGUGUGACCUCCAGACUCACUGAACAGAAUCUGGCUAGAAUCCGAGCUGUUUUCAAGCAAGUCGUCAUUGGAGAUGGGGAGUCGGUGGCUGAACUGUUCCUGGAGCACAGCGAGCAUGAGUGUGCUGACCAUCAGGCUUUCAAGGAGGAUGUGGACGGUCUUGUCCAGGCAGCUCGGGAGAGUACUGUGUCCCUGUCCCAAGUGGAUGUUGGUGUAUUGCUGCAGCAGGUGUUGGGUGUGCUGCUCAAACACAAGGUACGGCUUGAAUCUGCCUUUAGUGCAGUGGUCUUGGCAAUAUUCGUGCUGGAAGGUCUAGGCCGCGCCCUAGACCCUGACAUGGACAUUCUAGAGCGGGCACGACCAAUCCUGGUGACAGACAAGCUCCUGUGAGUGAUAGAGACCUGCUUCGCUUUCAUGCCAGGUAGAUUGUAAACGGGUAUGGGCAUGUGCCAGCACAGCAGCCAGACUACAUUCUGGUGCACUCCUUUUCCUGUUGAGUUCUCUCACACACCCUCACUGCUAGUUUAUAGGUUUUAGCAGUACUUGAUUGAUUUCUGUAGUUUUCAUAUUUUAAGUUAUUAAAAGAGAAAUUAAUUAUCUUCAAAGAAAUGUGAAUUAAUCUCAUACAUCAUAAAUUAAUUAUAUUUCUGUACAUUACCUCUUAAAGAUGGCUGGUGUGAAAGCUAAACAAUUAAUAUUAGUGUGAAUGCAUGCUUUAGUACAAAACUAAUGACAUCUAUUGACACAUGCAAGUUAUCAUUGCUGCACAACUAACCUACACACAAUGUAGGGACUUGUCCUGUCACCAUGAAGGUCUUGAGGCAAAGAUGUGAGGGAAUACCUGUGAAUGUGAUAGGGAACUUAUGUAGUACACAGCUUGUUUUGGUUACCUCCCUUUAAGGAAGAUGUCAUUCUGCCAUAUAGACAGAUGAAUUGUCAUUAUUGCUUGUACUAAUGUGACUGUGAGUAUAGUCUGGGAUCUUGUCUUGGCUAUCCUCUUCACAUGGAUGUCAAUCCGGUAUAUAGGUACUGGUACACAAAAAUGUUAUUUGAUACCUAAAGUGAAUACAGUAAUAUAUAUAAUUUUGGUGUUGAUUGCUGAGAUGUUUACUUCUUACACAAAAUUGAAUACAGAUGAGAGUGAGUGUGGAUGCUACUUUUCAACUUCAUAUUUAAGGUAUUGCAUCAUUAGUUAUAAUUAAAAUUUUAGCUGUUCUCAGUGUUCAUUUGAAUUCAUAGAAAUUUUUAUCAAACAGUUGAUUUAAUUUGUGGGAUUAAUUAUUAAAUUUAAAUGGGGUUUAAUUUCCAGUUAAAAAAGAAAAAGUUGGUCAUUAAAGAAAUUCUUUACCCAUCAUGGAAGAGACAGGGUUUGUUUGUUUUUUUCAAAUUUUGCCUCAGGUCUCACCAAUUAAUGCAGCCAACAACAAAUAAGAGGCAUGCUACUGAUUGGCAGCUGAAGUGCUGUAAUUACUUUAUGUAUUUAGUUAUAUAGCAUAUUUAGUAGAUGUCUCAAGACUGUUCUCUCUGUGUAAUAUCUGCAUCAUACAACAUUCAUACUUAUUCCUUCAAAUGUUUUACCUUUACUAUUUGCAGUGACUCUCUUUAAAGAGGGAGUCAGUGUCAUUUUUGUCAUACUAUUAUUAUUACCAUUAAUAUCUGGGUAUUUCUUGAUCAUCAAGGAUAUAAGUGGACAUUAUUUUUUCUUCCAUAAAGAACCUUGCAGCUUUACUCUGCAUGCAUCAUUCACUAUUUAUUUACCUCAUAGUGUAUAUAUAUUUAGUUUCUUGUAAGGUGUACUUCAGGCACCAAAUGAGAUAAACUUUGAACACAAUGACCUUUAAGAAUCAUUAUUUGCUGACCUCAUACUAAUUUUUGUUGUCAUAUGAAAUUGUUGACAUACAGGUGGCUUACUCUGGUGUAAUGCCUAUCCAUUGCUGCAUGUUCCACUAUCUGUAUUUCAAUUAUUCUUUCCUGUACUUCACAUAUACCAAUAUUGUUAUUACGUAUUAUUAUGCUAACAUCUUUUAUGUUGUUGAGGCUAUCAUGCACCUUAAGAUCCCAUUACUUUUUCUUUUUAGUCAUGAUUGUCUUUGCUUUUCCAUGACCCCUUAAAAGCAGGCACAUCAUUCAACUUUUAUUUAUUUUUUUAUUCAUUUUAUUGUUUUUUCUUCAGUUAACAUCUUUAUAUUUGUGAUUUCUCUCUCUCUCUCUCUCUCUCUCUCUCUCUCUCUCUCUCUCUCUCUCUCUCUCUCUCUCUCUCUCUCUCUCUCUCUCUCUCUCUCCAUUUUGACAUGUUGCUAAUUCCCUAACAACGAGUCUUAAACAAGUGAGCUGAAGAAAAGCUUCUGUGUGGCAUUAUCUUACAGCUCUUAAGGAACAUCAGCUAUUUACUAAACAACCACUGAACUAAAGACUGGCAUGCUGCUCUGAGCUGCUGUCCUCUGUCAUGUUAUGUUCACAUGCUCUUCUUUGUAGCUUGGGUUUGUCAAGAUUACUAGAUUUGUAAAUACAUCUGUUUUAUGUGCACUGCUGAUUAUAACUUCCAUGACACCUCAGUAAAAUUAAUAUCAUCUGUUUGGAAGCUAAUCUCAUUUUAAUUUAUUUACUAUUAUUUUUUAACCUUAGGAAAACCUGAAGAGAAGAGUAGUAUUAGUAUCCCAGGACUAUGGAAAUAAAAGAGAUGAGUGCCAUACCAAAAUAUAAAAAUGUAUAUAAUUUUUGUCAGCCUGAUACAGUUGUGAUAUCACGUAUAUACUCAUUCAUCAUUGCAACAGCACAGCAGGUAGAGUUGGCCACUGCAAACUGCAAAUUCUGUUAAUGGCUGUGUCAUUAUGUUUGCAACAAACUGCCUACAAGUUAGUAGUUUUACAUUUGCAGAUGUAAUUCAGCCAAUACAAAUCUCUCCACAAAUUUGCUCAUUUUGUAGUAAAAAAAUUAAUAAAAAUGAAAUGAAAUGAAAUAAAAAUAAAAAUAAUAAUAAUAAAUAAAUAAAAAGUAAAAAAGUUUGAUACACUACUAUCAUAAGAUUAUAAAGUAUACAGGGUGUAACUCAGAGUUCUGCAGAUAUUUCUGGAGGUGGAAAGUACAGGUUAUUCUAAGUGGAGAAUGUUCAAUGCAGAUAUGCAUUUUGAGGCUUUGUUUAGUUGUGGUAUGAAAUUCAGAUGUGGGCAGGUAACACAUUCACAAUGACCAGGCUGGACGGGUAACCAUGGCAGAGAAACAGCAUGUCCACAUACUCCAUAUUACUGUGUGUGGCAUUGCUGGCAGUGGUUUUUCUCUCAAACUUAUGC